CUCAGUUAUUCACCAACGAACAUCAUGACUGGAAAACUUGUUGUGCUGGGGCUCCUGAUCAUCUGUGUUGCAGCAGUCGAGGCUGGACCAAGAAAGGCUAAAUGUCCUGAUCCAGAGAUCUUUGCAUGCAAAUUGAAUGUGCGCCCUGUGUGUGGGAGCAAUGGUCAGACUUAUGGCAAUGAAUGUCUCCUCUGCAAGGAGAUGCAAGAAUCCAACAAGAAAAUCUCGGUCACCCAAGAGGGACACUGCUGACCAGUAUGGUUGAUAAAAUCAACACUAUGAGGCAGCCCAGAAAAUGAAAUCCACUGUUGUCUCAUUGUAAUAAAGUCUAAGUUUGAUCAACA